UGGAAUAUAAAUAAAAAAAUCAUUUUAUUUAUUUACAUUUCAAAUGUUACAUUUCCAUAUUACCCACAAUAACCCCUCGGAAAUUUAUGUACCUACCCCCAAGAUAACAGUUACCAUCAUUGAACAGUCCAAAAGCUUCUUGGGGAGAGCUUUGGCGCAAACGCUCAGCUGUUUCCAGUGCGUCCUUAAAUUCCUUCAGUUCCUUAUCAUUCCACCGACAUGACAUAACGCCGCCCACUGAAAAUGCCGCCUCUUUCUUAACGUUGAACCACCUUUUUUAUACAUAUAAAAAUAGGUAAGAGUUCGAAACAGCCGAGAUGGUCAAUCAGCAGCGGAAAUCGAGGUGGUACUUUGGCGGGCUGGGCAGUGUAGGCGCCGCCAUUGUUACCCAUCCACUGGAUCUCAUCAAGGUUACGCUGCAGACGCAACAGGGCAAGCUGUCGGUGUUCCAGCUCCUCCCGAAGAUUGCCAGAGAACAGGGCGUGCUCGCUUUCUACAAUGGCCUCUCCGCCUCGAUGCUUCGCCAGAUGACGUACUCCACCACCCGCUUCGGUGUCUACGAGGUGGGGAAGGAGCACGUUAACACAAACACCUUUGCUGGCAAGGUGACCCUAGCCGGACUAUCUGGACUUGUUGGAGGCAUUGUGGGCACUCCGGCGGACAUGGUCAACGUGCGGAUGCAGAACGAUGUCAAGCUGCCCGUGGAGCAGCGUCGCAACUACAAGAACGCCGUAGACGGCCUCAUAAAGGUAUAUCGCUUGGAGGGAUUCUCGCGACUCUUUUCUGGCGUCACCACAGCGACGGCCCGUGGCUGCAUGAUGACCAUCGGCCAGAUUGCCUUCUACGAUCAGACAAAGAUCUAUCUACUGUCCACGCCCUACUUCAAGGACAACCUGGUGACGCACUUUACCGCUUCUUUAGUGGCCGGUACGAUAGCCACCACGCUGACCCAGCCGCUGGACGUGCUUAAGACGCGAUCAAUGAAUGCCAAGCCCGGAGAGUACAAUGGUCUGUGGGAUAUCGUUAAGCACACAGCAAAGUUGGGCCCGCUUGGAUUCUUUAAGGGCUAUAUUCCGGCAUUUGUACGUCUGGGACCGCACACGAUCAUCACGUUCGUGUUCCUCGAGCAGCUGCGACUCAACUUUGGCUACAUUGAGAGAUAGCCGGGAUGAAGUUGGAGUCCGUGACUAGGCAAUAAUUCUCACCCAUGGUUGGCUGACAGGAUUCCCUUUGAGCAAUGGUAACAUUCCAGCUGCAAUUUGUUCACUACAACACAUAGCUUAGCUUUAGCCAGUUCAAGUUGUUAACUUUUAUGCUUUUAUUGUUGCGAAAUACUUAUAGAUAUAUGUACCUGGCCGGCAUUUAAGAGUUUCAUGCCCACUGCAUAGGGACAUACUAUUAUUUGAUGAUAUUGUUCGCUAAAGGAUCAUAGGCAUUUAUACAUAUUGUAUUUUAAGACUAAAGUACUUGUAUCAAAAUCCGUCGAAUGUUCAUUGAGUGUAGAAUUGCUUUAUAAAUUAGAUUUGCUUAAAAUUUCUUAAAUUGUAAAUUUGUAUAACUGGCCAGAACAAACUUCUUAAAUAAGUUGAAAGAUAUCUAAAUUUUUUAUAUUACUUUAAUAUCUACCCUCUUUAAUGGGGUCAUGAAUGAUUUUGGUUGCGCUUGAUCGUACUUCGUCGUCAUUGCCGUGCUGUUAGCAAUUAACUUUAAUUAUUUACCAAUUGGUGAGCAUUUGCUUGUUGUUGCUUAAUGUGUUAAGACUGCCAUGCAAUAAUUGAAUAAAACAAACCAAAAUGAA